CUGUCACUGGUCUCCGUACACACUCUGUUUCACUAACACACACAUUAUUAACAUUAUUUUCUUUUGGAUUUUAUUCUAAAUCAGCGAUGGAGUAGGCUGCUUACAUUUGACCAAUUAAGUAGUUUUUGCCUCUCCGUCAAAAAUGGAUUUUGUGUUUUUAGGAUUAGUUUUCUGUGCACUUUUGCCGACUGUUUUGAGCAAAGCGAUUCUGGAGGUUCGGUUCGCCCGUUACAUCAACCACGCAGGGACAGGGGAGAACGGGCACUGUUGUGACGGGAGGGGCUUCUUCUGCUUCAGUAAAUGUGAUCAUCGCUUUGUCAUCUGUUUAGACGAGGCAGAUAACAACAGAAAUGUGAACCGUUGUCAGAUAGGAAGGAAGUCGUCUGGAUCCAUUGAUAAUGCUAACGUCAAUAUAUUCGCCGACUCAUUUGGUGGUGUGAGAAAUCCAAUGAUUUUCUAUCUAGAUAUUUGGAAGGAGAAGGCGCAACUUAAGGUCGAUGUUUUUGAUGUAGAUGAUAAUUCAGAUGAUAAAGUGGACUUCCUGUACGGGAACUUUACAUUGUCAGCAGCAAAAAAUAAAAAGCUGUCACGUGAGCAGAGCUUCCGGUUAGCAACACCUAGAACAUUACUGGAUUAUAAAGUGAGCGUUUAUUGUGAGGAGAACUAUUAUGGACCCGGAUGUGACGUAAUGUGCGAGGAACGUAAUGAUGCAAAAGGGCACUACACAUGUGAUACAAAAACAGGGGCGAAAGUGUGUAUGGAUGGUUGGGAGGGGGAGAACUGUGAUAGAAGGCCAGAAGAGAUGUGCGGAACGCAACGGUGUGGUCACAACCAGAUCUGUAAUAAUGCCACCCUAGAAUUUACCUGCGAGUGCAUUAAAGGUUUUACAGGAGACAACUGCACAGAUCCAGCGUUAGUAGAGUGUUAUGAUGGUCACUGCCAGAACAAUGGAACCUGUCACGUGACAAACGAUACCCUGACCUGUAACUGUAGUAUAGGGUGGCGGGGGGAUACGUGUGCGGAGGAGUAUGAUCCGUGUGAAUUCAAUCCUUGCCAGAGAAAUGGAACUUGUAUUCCCAAAGAAAAAGAAGGAUAUUUAUGUUUAUGCCCAAUAGAUUCACAGGGAUUACACUGCGAAAACAUCAGUGUUUGUUUAACUCAGGAAAAUGUUUGUUUGAAUGGUGGGAAAUGUGUACAGGAGAAUUACAAAGAGGAUUGGUAUUUCUGUGAUUGUCCAGUGCAUUACAUAGGAAAACAUUGUGAAACGUUAGUUAAGAAUAUUACAAAUGUCGAUAAUAAGACUGAUAGCGCAAAUGUUACAGAAACAGGAAGGACAACUACUGUGUCUACAAACACUGUUACCGAAGCUCCUAAAGCUGUCGUGGUUUUACGAGGGAAGGUUGACAGCAGGAAUGAAGAAGAAGUGAGAAAAGCGCUGAUAAAAAUCAUCCAUGAUUUUACAAAUAUCAAAGGGGAGCUAAAUCUGGAGCUAGAAAAGGAUGUGUUCAAAACAGAGGAAGGUGAGAUCCUAACUGAGAUAGGUGUUCGAGGAACUUCGAACGGGAAGCCGUUUAAUGUGGGGGAAGUGCAGCGCGUGCUGUCGGACUCCCACGCCUCUAUGGUGGACAGUUACCUCCCAAUUCCACGUAACCUCCCCGACAGCCAUACUCAUACACCCCUCUCAAACGCCUCCCAAAAACAAAUCCAGCAUGAUGGUUGGAUCCACCACUACUGGUUUGUUGUUCUACUAGUUGUUUUAGCUAUCGUAGCACUUGUGAUGUUUGUCAUUGGAUUCAUUAUCAUCAGAAAGAAAAAAUCUUUGGAGGAAAUGGAUAAUAAAGCGAACGUGGCUAGAAGCAGCACUAAUGUGACGGAUUCUAACAAUUCUAAUGCUCAGUCGUUUGAAAAUUCACUUUAUUUUGAAAUGAAUAACCAAAAGCAAGGAAGCGGAAGAGUCAAUUUUAAAGCCAUGCCGUGACGUCACUGUGGAACGUCAACAAAUGUCUCAUUACAAUGCGGCCAGCGCCAUUUUGUUUUAAAUGCUUGUAAUCCAAAUGCUUUCUAGGGGUGUGCCAAAGUGAGGACUCGAUUGUAUGCUUUGUAGACUUUUCAAAAGAAAAUUAUCACAUUUCGUCAAUGUCAAGGCCGAUUGUUUUGAAUAAUGCUGUGUUUGUAUGAAUGAAGGCUAUACUGAGGAAAGGGGAGGUAAAACCUCGCUUUGAAUGAGAAUAAUGAGGGUAGAAUGUGAACCAUUUAAAUGUUAUUGUGAUGCAAUUUUGGCGUCAUUUGAUUCUAUUGUGUUUACAUUACCAAAUUAAGGUAAUGUUAUUCAACACAAGACUGUGCCAUGAAUGAAAAGAAUAUGUGCUGUAGUUGUUCAUACUGAUUUAUGUACUAGAAAUUUACGACGACUUAGCGUAAAAAAUUCAUAUUAUUUGUACAAUCUCUUCUUUAAUAUACCAUUUAUACUUCCUGUUGAAGUAAUACUUGAUGCCGUUAAAUAUUUUAUACUCACUGACAAUAAAAUUAUAAAUGAUAACUCCA